AUGAUAAAAAUAGCUUUAGUCUUGUGCUUCCUAGCCCUCACCAUCUCAGCCGCUCCCCAAUUCAACUUCCUGCAGCCAAACUUCAUCAAUUCAUACAACUUUAAUCCAAAUGCUUUCGAAAUUCAGCAACAAUCAAGCAACAAUAAAUGCUCAAACGCAUGUCCUCAAAGUUUUAAGCUUAUCUGUGCAAAAAAUAGCAAUUUUGAGCUAGGUCAAGAGUUCAGAAAUGAGUGCUCAUUAAGUUAUCAUGUUUGUGAAAAUAGAAAUGGUCGUGAAUUCAAAAAUGUCACUAAUGGUGGAUGUAAUGGAUUUAAUGGCUUUAUUGGUUGA